AUGUUCCGUCAAGCCGCAGUCCGCAACGUCCGCCUCUUCAGCACCACUCAAGCCUUCCGCAAGGGCCCAAUCGAGGCCGCAAAGGAUGCCGCAAAGACGGUAGACAGGACCGUGUCGGACGCCGCUGUCAAGGGCAUUGAGAAGGGCGAGCAAGCUGCACAAUCCGCCAAGGAAGCCGCCGGCGUCGGCAAGGACAAGGCGAAGGAAACUGCCGGCGAGGCAGGACAGAAGGCGCAAGAGGCUAAGGACGAGGCGGCGAAGAAGAUGUAG